AUGGGUCUGCGACAGUUCUGGAGGAACUACAAAGUUUUGAUUGUGAUGGGUACAAGUCUGGGUCUGAUCCACUUGGGCUGGUACAAUCUAAAGGGCAAUCCACUCCUGCAGAAGAACAGAGAGCAGUACAUUCCUGAACCCGGCAUCGUGGCCUUCGUCUCACCACCUGCAGCUGCCCCUCCUCUUCCUCCUGCCGCUGCUCCUCCCAAGACCAAAAUAGUCAACAUGAAGCCUCAGAGCUGGCUGAGGAGGAACUGGCUGCUGGCUGCCGGCGGGGCGUUCGUUUCCAUCCACCUGGCCACCUGGAUUCUGCAGAGAGUUAUGAAGAGCAGCGUCCGUUCGGAGGUGGCGCAAAAGGAGAAGACGGACGACAAGAAAAUUUUCUGA